GGUCUAUAAGGAAUACAAAGGGUAGUCAGCAUACGGUGGUAGCAGCUAUUGUGAAAAAGAGGUAAGAAAUGCUUACGAGAAAGAUGACAUCGUCGUGGUGACAUUAUUAGAUGCUGGCUUUAAUAGGUGUGUGGUUGAGACGACAAACAUAAUAACAUGCGUGAACGAAGUCUUAUUACUUAAGCACAGCGACGUCAUACCUCAGGCAAGACAUGCCACCUGUGAAGCUAUGUAUAUGGCACUCGAUAAAUGCAAGGAUAUCGUAGUGAUUACAGAUGACAGCUACAAGCUACAAUACAUAAACAGGGCCUGUGAGAAGCAACUUGGCGUAAAACAAGAGGAAUGUCUGGGGAAAACGCUUCAAGAGUCCUUCAUCACCGAUACCAUCCAGAUAAACACAAUGGGUUCAUCGUUAUUACGAGCCAGGGAGUGGAACGGCGCCAUGACUAUCAGGAGGAAAUCACAGGAUACCAUUGUUACCUCUUGUAAGGCCGUGCCAUUCCAUUGCUGUGGACGAUCGCCAACGCACUUCAUAAUGGUGUUUGACCCAGCAUUGACUGACACGAACAUCUUAACACAGCAAAGAGGCAGCGUUCACUCUAUACGAAGGGGCUCCACGGACGUGAGGAGCGUCGGUAGCGAUUAUUUAAGGAGAACUUCUUUGGCGAAGUUGAAUGCUUUGCCUUUAGAAGCUCCAAUUACCAAGAUCAUUGGUCUGAUAGAUCAGGCGAGGGAUGGUGCGGGCACCAAUCCUCAAGUGAUCCAGUUGUUAGAUAAAGUUGAAGAUAUGCUAAGGUGCACUGAGCUAUAUUCUCCGCAUGUAAAAGAAGACAAUAGGAUGAAAGCCGACGAGCCUGUGGUUUCUGAUUUGAUAACGGCACUACUCUCGAAGCAACCUCAACCAACCUUUUCCGCGUCUUCCAGAAGAAGCAGUAACGAUUCUACAGUCUUCAGACCUUCCAGAGCAGGAUUUAUGAAGGUCACUCCAGCCUUAAAAGAUCUCCUCGAGAAUUGCCUGUCUUGGGAAUUUGACAUAUUCCGAUUGGAAGAUCUGACGAGAAAGAGGCCUCUUCAGCACCUGGGAAUGGCGAUUUUCACUCACUUCGACGUGGCGAACACAUUGAAUUGCGAUGAAAAGACGAUAUUCAACUGGUUGACCGUCAUCGAAGCCAACUAUCAUGCUGAGAACGCUUACCAUAACUCUACGCAUGCUGCAGAUGUCAUGCAGGCAGCUGCUAAUUACCUCGAGAAAGAGCGGAUGAAAUCCCUGAUGGACCCCCUAGACGAAGCUACUAGCCUGAUAGCAGCUUGUGCACAUGAUGUUGAUCAUCCUGGCAAAUCUAGCGCGUUCCUGUCAAACUCUGACAAUCCGUUGGCUAUUUUGUAUAACGACGUCACAGUGCUGGAGUCUCACCACGCAGCUCUGACGUUCAAACUGACCUUAGGUGAUGAAAGGGUGAAUAUAUUCAAGAAUCUGGAUCGAGAGAGCUACAAAGUAGCCAGGACAAACGUUAUAGAUAUGAUUCUAGCAACCGAAAUGACAAAACACUUCGAACACUUAGCCAAAUUCGUUAAUGUUUUCUGUACGAAGUCCUCAGGGUCAGAGACCGAGGGUGAGUGUCCUGACUAUGUGCCAUUAUCAUUACCAGAAAAUGUCACUCUGGUUAAAAGAAUGAUGAUCAAAUGUGCGGACGUUUCAAACCCCGCAAGGCCUUUAAGGAUAUGUGUUGAAUGGGCAAGAAGGAUUACUGAAGAAUACUUCCAUCAGACGGAUGAGGAAAAAGCUAGAGGUCUACCUGUUGUAAUGCCUAUGUUUGAUAGACAUACCUGUUCAGUACCAAAAUCACAAAUCGGCUUUGUGGACUAUAUCAUCAACGAUAUGUUCGAAGCUUGGAAUGCAUUCAUUGACAUGCCCGAAUUACUAACCUACAUGAGGCAAAAUUACAUCAGAUGGAAGGAGCUGGAUGAACAGGGUCAUACAACACUCAGCGAUAUCCAAAAGUUACAAAGCACCAUGUUCAUGGCUCCCACAUUUCCCGUAUCCAAAGGAGGUACUAUGAAAGGAGACUGAUCCAGGCUUACUCGUCACAGCGUCGACGUGGGUGAUCUAAGACAAUUUUUACUCAAAAAACUGUGAACGUUUAUGCGUGCAUAUCGUAUUAAAAAAUAUCCCCAUCCAUAAUCCCCAAUUUCCUCUAUCCCUUGACCCACAGGACUCGAAAAUUGUUACAUAUACCUGUCUUCAAUUUUGCGACUGAGGAAGUUUUCAAACUUGUGAAAACUACACUUUAAAAUGUAACUAAGAAAAUGGUAUAAAGCUGAAACUUUGCUAUCGACUUUAGAAUACCUGAAACCAUAUCAGGACUGGAAUUUCUUCAGUUGUAUGAGACGUGCUCCUUUACUUUCAAUUAGUUGCUUAAAAAUUCUUCUAGUGGCAAGCUAUAAACGGUUAUGCGUAAAACUGUAUUUUCGAAAAUGUUUAGAGACUCGAUGAAACUUCUUCCACAACGUUGUUAUUCUUGAUCUGUGAUCUAUUUGCCACUUUUGAAAUAUUUUUCUAAUCAUAUUUCGAGUUCUGAAUUAUCUAGGUGGGUUACUGAAUGUACAAUGUGUUUCCCUUUUAGACUAGUGUAUAGUCGAUAACAUAAAAUGUGUCGCUUCUGAAAAUUUCUAUCAGAAAUAACAUGGUUAUUAACAUUACGAAAUCCAAUUUUUCAAAUAGCCCAAGUGACAGCUCAACACAUUGGUUUUGUGAAAAGGUCUUAUUGAUUCAAUUUGAAAGGAAUGGCCAAGACGAAAAAUGGCUAGGUACUACACGGAUGAUUAUAAAAGACAUCAUAUGAAAGGAUAAGUUGGUGAAUCAUUGUGUGUGACACAAAUAAUGUUAUCGACUGUAUACUUAUUUUUAUAAAAUGCAUGCUGGUUCGUGCAUUCUAUUAUACAUAUAUACAAAUAUAAUAUACAAUCUUUUUGUUUUUAUUAUGUCUUAAAUUAUUUGUUUUCGUAUAGAUAAUAUUAUAUAUUUCCAUUAAAGAAUGAUGUGUUCUUACUGUUUUCUAUUUAUAAAAA